AUGAAGGUGCAUCAGUUUGCACGUGGAUUCUGGGAGCAUGAACCCUCCCUCACACUUGGGUGCAAACGCUUACGCCCCCUUGCUCCCAAGCUUUCCAACACUGACUCCACUACCUCUAUCACUUCACCUCCAGUCACAACUUUCGACCUCAAGAGCUUCAUCAAACCAGAAAGUGCCUCCAGAAAACUUGUAUCCUCUGACGAUAAUAAGAAAGACCCUACUUCGCCUCAGGGCCAGGUGGAAACGCAUAUUCCAGGAGGGACACGGUGGAAUCCGACGCAAGAACAGAUAGGGAUAUUGGAGAUGCUGUAUAGAGGAGGGAUGCGAACACCGAAUGCUCAACAAAUAGAGCAGAUCACAGUCCAACUUAGCAAGUACGGCAAGAUCGAAGGGAAGAACGUGUUCUAUUGGUUCCAAAACCACAAGGCACGUGAGAGACAAAAGCAGAAGCGUAACAACCUAGGCCUUGCUCAUAGUCCUCGUACUCCCACCACACUAGUGUCACCUUCCUUUAGUUGUAGUGUAAUAACCUCUUUGGACACGACAAAACGGGGAGAAGUAGUAGAAAGAGAUGAGGAAGAUAGCCCUUUGAAGAAGUGUAGGAGCUGGGCAUUUGAGUACUUGGAAGACCAAAGUUGGUCAUCAUGGAAAGAGGAGGAACACAAAACUCUGGAGCUUUUCCCAUUGCACCCGGAAGGCAGAUGA